AUUAUUAUUAUGCGCAGUAGCCACAAAGAACAGAGAAUGGUUCUUUAUUGUAGGAGCGCACUGUGCAGGUCUGCUCAUUCGAUGUGAGUUGGCCGUUGCGUGAAAACGCCCAUGAGUACCACAGGGUUCGGGCGUGGAUCUUUAAGAGCGUGUGGAGAGGGGUGUUCCAGUGUGCUACCACCAUAAACAUCCCGUUUCUCGCGUCACUCUAUCACAAAACGUGAAUUCAUAACCUGGAUGAUACCAUCAACUCCAUCACUGAGACGUAGCUCUCAUCGUCUGGAAUAUUCUUUCUUGCAUUCUCUGAUAUUUAAAUAAUCAUCCGAACGAUUGUCUUUGGAUUUAAUGGCAUUUACAAAAAUAGAGGAGAUAAAGGAUUUAUCGAAUUUGGAGUAUUGAAACAGGUGCCGGAGCAAGUGCAGGUGGUGGAGCCGCAGUAAAAGGAAAGGCGCCACUAGCAGUAGACGAAUUCGCACAGGCUCAACCAGACCUUGAUACAGACGCAAGUGCCGGGAUGUCUGUAGGAGGGUCAGUGGGCGGUGAUCUACCAUCAGCUUCUGUUGGAUUCGGCUUACCAUCAGCAUCACUCUCUGUCGGGGGGAGUGGUAAUGCUGGUGCCGAUGCUUCAGCAGGAGCUGGUGUUGGUCUAAGCGGAGACGCUCCGUCAGCCAAAGUUGACCUGGGAGGAGCAGGAGAUGUAGAUAUGGAUGUUGGAGGAAGAGGCGAUGCCAGUCUAAACGUCGAUGCACCACACAUUCAUGCUGGCAAAAAAGGGAAGGGCUCAUUACCAAGAGGAGUCUUCAAAAAGAAAGGAGGUGCAGCAGCCAAAGGAGACAUCAGUGGGGAUGCUUCUUUACCAGAUGCAGAUGUUUCACUGAACCUUGGAGCCAAAUCAAAACGACGGAAGAGGAAGAGGCCAGGUUUUUUUGCAAAAUUGGGAUUCGGUGGUGAUUCAUCAUCGUCGUCCAGUGACUCGUCUGAUGAUGAGGGUGAAGGAAACAUAAAACUAAAAGGACCCAAAUUUGGAGGAGGAAUUUCUGGUGAUGCCAAAAUGGAUGCUGAUUUACCGCAAGGUGGUGCCUCUGCUGGACUUGAUAUUGAUGCUCCAAGUGGAAAUAUUGGUGCAUCAUUACCAUCCGGUGAUGCAUCAUUGGAAGUCAAACCAGAAGUGGAUGCUUCAGUCAAAAUGGGAAAACCAAAAAAAUCAAAGAAAGGAUUUGGAUUUGGAUUCUCCUUGCCAUCACCCAAGUCCAGUGGAUCAGGCAAUGCAAACAUUGGUGGUGGGGUGAAGGGAGAAGUUCCAAGUGGUGAUGUAUCCAUAGGUGGAGGACCAGACAUUGGAGGAGGAAUCGGUGGUGGUAUUGGGGGUGAUGUCGGUGUUGAUGUAAAUGGAUCAGAUGCAAAUGUAGGCCUUGAGGGAGAUGCUGAUGUAGAUAGAAAAGGAAAGGGAAUUAAGUUUGGUUUCAAAAUGCCAUCAUUCGGUGGAAAGGUGAAGAGUCCAAAGGCAGAUGUAAAAGCUGGUUUACCAUCGGGAGAUUUGGAUAUGAAAGGAGAUUUGCCAUCUGGAGAUAUUGGAGGGGGAAUUGGAGGAGGACUCAAAGUUGAUGCUGAUCUACCAUCUGCAGGCAUAAACAUUGGAGGUGAUGGGCCAUCAGCUGGUGUUAAUGUAGGAGGAGAUAUUGAUACUCCUAAAGGUGGAUUAGGACUUGGAGGGGGAGGAGGCAUAGAUAUCAAUGCUCCUAAAGUAGGCAUCAAAGCAGGUGGUGAUGCCAAUCUUACAUCAGGGGGAGUCGGUGUGAACAUACCAUCUGGAGGAAUUGAUGCUCCUAAAGGAAGCUUUGGUCUUGGAGGCAUUGAUGCAGGUGGGAGCAUUGGUGGUGGAGUUGAUGUACCUUCAGCAGACCUCAAGGCUGGUGGAGAUGUAAAGAUGCCAGAAGGAAGCAUGGGACUUGGUGGAAGAGGGGAUAUUGGAGGUAAAUUACCAUCUGCUGGUGUCAACAUUGGAGGUAUUGGAGGUGGUUUAGGUGGCGGAAUGGACAUGCCAUCUGGAGACCUCAAGGCUGGUGGAGAUGUAAAGUUGCCUGAAGGAAGCAUAGGACUUGGUGGAGGAGGGGAUAUUGGAGGUAAAUUACCAUCUGCUGGUGUCAACAUUGGAGGAGGUUUUGGAGGUGGUUUAGGUGGCGGAAUGGACAUGCCAUCUGGAGACCUCAAGGCUGGUGGAGACGUAAAGAUGCCUGAAGGGAGCAUGGGACUUGGUGGAGGAGGGGAUAUUGGAGGUAAAUUACCAUCUGCAGGUGUCAACAUUGGAGGAGGUAUUGGAGGUGGUUUAGGUGGUGGAAUGGUCAUGCCAUCUGGAGACCUCAAGGCUGGUGGAGAUGUAAAGAUGCCCAAAGGGAGCAUGGGAUUUGGUGGAGGAGGGGAUAUUGGAGGUAAAUUACCAUCUGCAGGUGUCAACAUUGGAGGAGGUAUUGGAGGUGGUUUUGGUGGCGGAAUGGACAUGCCAUCUGGAGACCUCAAGGCUGGUGGAGACGUAAAGAUGCCCGAAGGGAGCAUAGGACUUGGUGGAGGAGGGGAAAUUGGAGGUGAAUUACCAUCUGCUGGUAUCAAAAUUGGAGGAGGUAUUGGAGGUGGUCUAGGUGGCGGAAUGGACAUGCCAUCUGGAGACCUCAAGACUGGUGGAGAUGUGAAGAUGCCCAAAGGAAGCCUAGGACUUGGUGGAGGAGGGGAUAUUGGAGGUAAAUUACCAUCUGGAGGAGUAAAGAUAGGUGGAGAUACAGACAUUCCAUCAGGAGGCAUUGGUAUAAAAGGAAGCCUUGGAGGAGCUGGAGAUGUAGGUGCUGAUUUACCCUCUGGUGGUAUAGAAAUGAAAGGAGACGUAGAUGGUCCUUCCUUGCCAUCAGGUGGGAUCGGAAUCGGAGGCAAGGUUGAUGCUCCAGAUGCGGACUUUGAUAUGGAUCUUGGAGUAAAACCAAAGAAGAGAAAAAAGAAAGGUGGGUUUAGUUUCAAGUUCCCUAAAUUUGACUUCAACUUUGGCGGUGGAGGAGAUGCUAAAAUGGAGGCUGAUUCUGAUCUCAAGGCUGGAGCUGAUGUUGACAUUGAUACCCCAAAGCUUAAGGGAGAUGUCGAUGCAGGAGGGAAAAAGAAGGGAAAGUUUGGAUUCGGCUUCAAAGGACCCAAGUUUGGAGGUGAUGGUGGAGCUGGGGUUGAUGCAGAUCUUGAUGUUGCCAAGCCUGAAGUUGAUGUUAAUGUAAAAACUGCCAAACCAAAGGUCGGUGGAGACAUUGACCUGCCAUCUGGAGGAGUUGGAUUAAAUAUUGGAGGAGGAAUUGAUGGUGGAGUUGAUGGUGACUUUAAAGCACCUUCUGGGGGAAUAGGAGGUGGUCUUCAAGGGGGAGCUGGUAUUGGUGUCAAGGGUCCAGAUCUUGAUAUUGCCACUCCCGAAGCUGAUAUCAACAUCAAAUCUGCGAAACCUGACAUCAAUAUGGGAGGAAGUGCAAAAUUGCCAUCAGGAGGAGUAGGAAUCGAUGUUGGAGGUGGCAUCGGUGGAGGAAUAGGAGGUGGUACUGGAGAAAUAGACAUUGAUGCCAAAGGUCCAGAUGUUGACAUAAAAGGACCAAAAGUUGAAGGUGAUAUUUCUGACCCCGACCUAGAUAUAGAUGGACCAGACCUUAACAUCAGUGGAAGUGGAAAGAAAAAAAGUAAAGGGUUUGGAUUUGGACUGAAAAUGCCAAAGUUUAAUGCACCUAACUUCAGUUUUGGUGGUGGUGGCAAAGGUGAUAUUGAUGUGGGUGGAAAUGUGAAUGUUGACAAACCUGAAGCUGAUAUCGACAUUAAGACUGAAAAGCCCGACAUUGGAGGAGGAAUUGGUGGAGGGUUGAAUAUUGAUGCCAGUGGAGAUGCAGAUCUUCCAUCAGGAGGAGUUGGCUUAGAUGUCAGUGGUGGGGCAAAAGGUGGCAUUGAUGCUGACCUACCAAAAGGAGAGAUAGAUGGACCUGAUGUUAGUGUGAAGGGUCCAAAAGUAAAAGGACGAGGCAGUGGAAAGAAAAAGCACAAAGGUUCAUUUGGAUUUGGCAUUAAAAUGCCCAAAUUCCAUGGGUUCGGAGGUCAUGGUAAAGGGGACGUUGAUGUCAAUGCAGGUGUUGAUAUUGAUGCACCUGAAAUAGAUGCCAAACUAAAAGCCGAGGGACCAGAUAUUGGAGGUGGACUGGAUGGAGGAGCAGGAAUUGGAGGAGGAGUUGAAGGUGGGAUAAAUGUUGAUGGCAAAGGCCCAGAUGCUGAUCUUUCGAUUGGAGGUGCUGGUGCUGGUGUUGAGGGACCAACAGUUGAAGGUGAUAUCUCGAGUCCAGACCUAGAUGUAAGUGGACCUGAUCUUGACAUCAGUGGAAAGAAGAAGGGCAAAGGCGGAUUUGGAUUCGGCUUGAAAAUGCCCAAAAUUCAUGGACCAAAUUUCGGAUUUGGAGGCAAAGGUGAUAUUGAUGUAGAUGCAGAUGUCGAUGUCCCCAAACCUGAAGCUGAUAUCAAAGUGAAGACUGGCAAGCCUGAUAUUGGAGGAGUAGACCUACCUUCCGGAGAAGCUGGAUUAGAUGUUGGAGGAGGAAUUGGCGGAGGACUUAACAUUGAUGGUGACGGACCUGAUGUUGACAUUAAAGGGCCAAAAGUUGAAGGUGACAUCUCGGGUCCAGACCUCGAUGUAAAUGGACCUGAUCUCGACAUUGAUGGAAAGAAGGGUAAAGGUGGAUUUGGCUUUGGAUUGAAAAUGCCCAAAUUUGGAUUUGGAGGUGAUGGCAAAGGUGAUAUUGAUGUUGAUGCAGAUGUCGAUGUCCCCAAACCUGAAACUAAUAUAAAAGUGAAGACUGGCAAGCCAGAUAUUGAAGGAGGAGUAGAUCUGCCUUCUGGAGGAGCUGGAUUAGAUGUUGGAGGAGGAAUUGGUGGAAAGAUCGGAGGGGGACUUAGUAUUGAUGGCGAUGGACCUGAUGUUGACAUUAAAGGGCCAAAAGUUGAAGGUGAAAUCUCGGGUCCAGACCUCGAUGUAAGUGGACCUGAUCUCGACAUUGAUGGAAAGGAGGGCAAAGGUGGAUUUGGCUUUGGAUUGAAAAUGCCCAAAUUCGGAUUUGGGGGUGAUGGCAAAGGUGAUAUUGAUGUAGAUGCUGAUGUCAACGUUGUCAAACCUGAAGCUGAUAUCAAAGUGAAGACUGGCAAGCCUGAUAUUGGAGGAGGAGUAGACCUGCCUUCUGGAGAAGCUGGAUUAGAUGUUGGAGGUGGAAUUGGAGGAGGAAUUGGCGGAGGACUAAACAUUGGCGGGGAAGGUCCUGAAGUCGACAUGAAAGGGCCAAAAUUUGAAGGUGACAUAUCGGGCCCAGACCUUGAUGUAAGUGGACCUGAUCUUGACAUUGGUGGAAAGAAGAAGGGUAAAGGCGGAUUUGGCUUUGGAUUGAAAAUGCCUAAAUUCGGAUUUGGAGGUGAUGGCAAAGGUGAUAUUGAUGUAGAUGCAGAUGUUGAUGUUGCCAAACCAGAAGCCGAUAUCAAAGUGAAGACUGGUAAGCCUCACAUUGGAGGAGUAGAUCUGCCUUCCGGACAAGCUGGAUUAGAUGUUGGAGGAGGAAUUGGAGGAGGGAUUGGCGGAGGACUUAACAUUGAUGGUGACGGACCUGAUGUUGAUAUUAAAGGGCCAAAAGUUGAAGGUGACAUCUCGGGUCCAGACCUCGAUGUAAGUGGACCUGAUCUUGACAUUGGUGGAAAGAAGAAGGGUAAAGGCGGAUUUGGCUUUGGGUUGAAAAUGCCUAAAUUCGGAUUUGGAGGUGAUGGCAAAGGUGAUAUUGAUGUAGAUGCAGAUGUCGAUGUCCCCAAACCUGAAGCUGAUAUCAAAGUGAAGACUGGCAAGCCUGAUAUUGGAGGAGGAGUAGACCUGCCUUCUGGAGAAGCUGGAUUUGAUGUUGGAGGUGGAAUUGGUGGAGGCCUUAACAUUGAUGGGGAUGGUCCUGAUGUUGAUUUUAAAGGACCAAAAGUUGAAGGUGACAUUUCGGGUCCAGACCUAGAUGUAAGUGGACAUGAUCUUGAUAUUGGUGGAAAGAAGAAGGGCAAAGGUGGAUUUGGAUUUGGAUUAAAAAUGCCCAAAUUGCAUGGACCUAAUUUCGGAUUUUCAGGCAAAGGCAAAGGAGAUCUUGAUAUAGAUGGAGAUGUUGAAAUAAAGAAACCUGAUGCUGAAUUCAGUGGAGAUGUAGACAUUCCAUCUGGAGGAGUUGGCUUAAAUGUCAGUGGUGGAGCAGGAAUCGAUGUUGAUAAUGACCUUCCUAAAGGAGAUGUUUCUUUUGAUGGACCUGAUGCUGACCUAAAAAGUCCCAAAUUCAAAGGCAGGGGCAGUGGAAAGAAGAAAAACAAAAAACACAAAGGUUCAUUUGGAUUUGGCAUAAAAAUGCCCAAAUUCCAUGGGUUUGGAGGUCAUGGUAAAGGGGAUGUUGACCUCAAUGCAGGUGUUGAUAUUGAUGCACCUGAAAUAGAUGCCAAACUAAAAGCAGAGGGACCAGAUAUUGGAGGUGGACUGGAUGGAGGAGCAGGAAUUGGAGGAGGACUUGAAGGCGGGAUAAAUAUUGAUGGCAAAGGCCCAGAUGCUGAUCUUUCAAUAGGAGGCGCUGGUGCUGGUGUUGAUGUCGAGGGGCCAAAAGUUGAAGGUGACAUGUCAAGUCCAGACCUCGAUGUUAGUGGACCUGAUCUUGACAUCAGUGGAAAGAAGAAGGGCAAGGGUGGAUUUGGAUUUGGAUUGAAAAUGCCCAAAAUUCAUGGACCUAAUUUCGGAUUUGGAGGCAAAGGUGAUAUUGAUGCAGAUGUCGAUGUCGCCAAACCCGAAGCUGAUAUCAAAGUGAAGACUGGCAAGCCUGAUAUUGGAGGAGGAGUAGACCUGCCUUCUGGAGAAGCUGGAUUUGAUGUUGGAGGAGGAAUUGGCGGAGGCCUUGACAUUGAUGGGGAAGGACCUGAUGUCGAUAUUAAAGGGCCAAAAGUUGAAGGCGACAUCUCGGGUCCAGACCUCGAUAUAAGUGGACCUGAUCUUGACAUUGGUGGAAAGAAGAAGGGUAAAGGUGGAUUUGGCUUUGGAUUGAAAAUGCCCAAAUUUCAUGGGCCUAAUUUCGGAUUUGGAGGCAAAGGUGAUAUUGAUAUAGAUGCAGAUGUCGAUGUCGCAAAACCAGAAGCUGAUAUCAAAGUGAAGACUGGCAAGCCCAACAUUGGAGGAGGAGUAGAUCUGCCUUCCGGAGAAGCUGGAUUAGAUGUUGGAGGAGGAAUUGGCGGAGGACUUAACAUUGAUGGUGACGGACCUGAUGUUGACAUUAAAGGGCCAAAAGUUGAAGGUGACAUCUCGGGUCCAGACCUCGAUGUAAGUGGACCUGAUCUUGACAUUGAUGGAAAGAAGAAGGGUAAAGGUGGAUUUGGCUUUGGAUUGAAAAUGCCCAAAUUCGGAUUUGGAGGUGAUGGCAAAGGCGAUAUUGAUGUAGAUGCAGAUGUCGAUGUCCCCAAACCUGAAGCUGAUAUCAAAGUAAAGACUGGCAAACCUGACAUUGGAGGAGGAGUAGAUCUGCCUUCUGGAGAAGCUGGAUUAGAUGUUGGAGGUGGCAUUGGAGGAGGAAUUGGCGGAGGAAUUGGCGGAGGACUUAACAUUGACGGAGAAGGUCCUGAUUUUGAUAUUAAAGGGCCAAAAGUUGAAGGUGACAUCUCAGGUCCAGACCUUGAUGUAAGUGGACCUGAUCUUGACAUUGAUGGAAAGAAGAAGGGUAAAGGUGGAUUUGGAUUUGGAUUGAAAAUGCCCAAAAUUCAUGGACCUAAUUUUGGAUUUGGAGGCAAAGGUGAUAUUGAUGUAGAUGCAGAUGUCGAUGUUGCCAAACCUGAAGCUGAUAUCAAAGUGAAGGCUGGCAAGCCAGAUAUUGGAGGAGGAAUUGACCUGCCUUCUGGAGAAGCUGAGUUAGAUGUUGGAGGUGGAAUUGGAGGUGGAAUUGGUGGAGGCCUUAACAUUGAUGGGGAUGGUCCUGAUGUCAAUAUUAAAGGACCAAAAGUUGAAGGUGACAUCUCAGGUCCAGACCUAGAUGUCAGUGGACCUGAUCUUGACAUCGGUGGAAAGAAGAAAGGUAAAGGUGGAUUUGGCUUUGGAUUGAAAAUGCCCAAAUUCGGAUUUGGAGGUGAUGGCAAAGGCGAUAUUGAUGUAGAUGCAGAUGUCGAUGUCCCCAAACCUGAAGCUGAUAUCAAAGUAAAGACUGGCAAACCUGACAUUGGAGGAGGAGUAGAUCUGCCUUCUGGAGAAGCUGGAUUAGAUGUUGGAGGUGGCAUUGGAGGAGGAAUUGGCGGAGGACUUAACAUUGGCGGAGAAGGUCCUGAUUUUGAUAUUAAAGGGCCCGAGGUUGAAGGUGACAUCUCGAGUCCAGACCUCGAUGUUAGUGGACCUGAUCUUGACAUUGGUGGAAAGAAGAAGGGUAAAGGUGGAUUUGGAUUUGGGUUGAAAAUGCCCAAAAUUCAUGGACCUAAUUUUGGAUUUGGAGGCAAAGGUGAUAUUGAUGUAGAUGCAGAUGUGGAUGUCCCCAAACCUGAAGCUGAUAUCAAAGUGAAGACUGGCAAGCCCAACAUUGGAGGAGGAGUAGAUCUGCCUUCCGGAGAAGCUGGAUUAGAUGUUGGAGGAGGAAUUGGCGGAGGACUUAACAUUGAUGGGGAUGGUCCUGAUGUCAAUAUUAAAGGACCAAAAGUUGAAGGUGACAUCUCAGGUCCAGACCUAGAUGUCAGUGGACCUGAUCUUGACAUCGGUGGAAAGAAGAAAGGUAAAGGUGGAUUUGGCUUUGGAUUGAAAAUGCCCAAAUUCGGAUUUGGAGGUGAUGGCAAAGGCGAUAUUGAUGUAGAUGCAGAUGUCGAUGUCCCCAAACCUGAAGCUGAUAUCAAAAUAAAGACUGGCAAGCCUGAUAUUGGAGGAGGAGUAGACCUGCCUUCUGGAGAAGCUGGAUUUGAUGUUGGAGGAGGAAUUGGCGGAGGCCUUGACAUUGAUGGGGAAGGACCUGAUGUCGAUAUUAAAGGGCCAAAAGUUGAAGGCGACAUCUCGGGUCCAGACCUCGAUGUUAGUGGACCUGAUCUUGACAUUGGUGGAAAGAAGAAGGGUAAAGGUGGAUUUGGCUUUGGAUUGAAAAUGCCCAAAUUUCAUGGACCUAAUUUCGGAUUUGGAGGCAAAGGUGAUAUUGAUGUAGAUGCAGAUGUCGAUGUCGCUAAACCAGAAGCUGAUAUCAAAGUGAAGACUGGCAAGCCCAACAUUGGAGGAGGAGUAGAUCUGCCUUCCGGAGAAGCUGGAUUAGAUGUUGGAGGAGGAAUUGGCGGAGGACUUAACAUUGAUGGUAACGGACCUGAUGUUGAUAUUAAAAUGCCAAAAGUUGAAGGUGACAUCUCGGGCCCAGACCUAGAUGUAAGUGGACCUGAUCUUGACAUCGAUGGCAAAAAGAAAGGUAAAGGUGGAUUUGGAUUCGGAAUAAAAAUGCCCAAAAUUCAUGGACCUAAUUUCGGAAUUGGAGGCAAAGGCGAUCUUGAUGUAGAUGCAGAUGUUGAUGUGGUGAAACCUGAAGGUGAUAUCAAAGUAAAGACUGGCAAACCUGAUAUUGGAGGAGGCUUUGACUUGCCUUCUGGAGAAGCUGGACUUGGAGGAACAGUAGCAGUAGGAAAUGUUGAUAAUGAAGGCCCUAAUGCUAACCUUGAUGUAGAUAUUAAAGGACCAAAAGUAAAGAAAGGAAGCAAAGGAAAGGGAAAAUUCAAGCUUGGAAGUUUCAAGUUUGGGUCUAAAGAACCAGAUGCAGACCUUGCAGGAAAAGUUGAUGUUAAGUCUCCAGAUCUUGAUCUGUCAGGUGGAAAAAUUGAAGGCCCUGAUGCUUCCCUUAACGGUGCCAGCCUUGACGUAGAUGCUCCUGAUGCUGGGUUUAGCCUUGGUGGAAAGAAAGGAAAGUACAAAAUAUCUGGAGGAGGAAAGAAAGAUAAAGGCUAUGGGAUAGGUGGCAAGUUCAAGGCCGGAGGAGAUGCUGAUUUACCAAGUGGUGGUGCCUCACUUGAUGCCCCAGAAGGGAAACUAGGUGGUGAUAUCAAUGCUGAUGUUAAAGGAGAUAUUGAUGUAAAUGCACCAGAUGUCAAUAUUGGAGCAGGUGUAAAGGGGAAGAAGAAGAAAAGAAAGAGCAAAAAGUUUGGAUUUGGUGGUUUCAAGCUUGGAUUUGGAGGUGGUGGUGAUCACACAUCUUCAUCAUCAUCUGAUUCAAGUUCAGAUGAAGAUGGUGAUGGACAUGGAGGUUUUGGAUUUGGAUUCAAAGGUCCAAAGCUUGGUGGAGAUGCCGGUAGUGACUUAAAUGUAAGAGGGCCUAAUGUGAAUAUUGGUGUAAAUGGAGAAUUACCAGAUGUUAAAACUGAUAUCAAUGGGGGUGGAGGAAUAGAUGGAGCUUUGGAACUUGAUAAACCCGAUCUCAAUGCAAGUGGUGGCAUUUCCGUGAGUGGCCCGGAUAUUGAUGCAAAGUUGAAAGCAGACAAACCAGACCUAUCAGGUGAUGUAGAUGGUGGAAUCAAAGGUGGCAUUGGUGGGGGUAUUGACGUUGAGGGACCUGAUGCAGGAAUAGGAGUCAAGGGCGGUCUAGGAGGAGAUGGUGGAAUCAAGCUAGGUGGCGAUUUGGAUGGAAAAGGGACACUGGAAGGAGGCAUUGGACUACCAUCUGGAAAAGCAUCAUUAAGUGGUCCAGACAUAGAUGCGAGUGGAAAGGGCAUUGAUAUUACUAAACCAGACUUGGAUGUGACUGCAGGCAUUGGUGGUGGAAUAGAAGGUGGCAUUGGAGGAGAUGGUGGAAUUGGUCUCAAUGUCAAGAAACCUGACCUUGAUGUCUCUGGAGGAAUGGGAAUUGACAUCAAAGGUCCAGAUGUUUCCUUCGGAGGUGGUGGAGAUGCAGACUUGUCAGGAGAUCUGAGUGUGAGUUCCCCAGAGGGCAAAGUCAAUCUUGAUGGUAAAGGGAAGAAAAAGAGCAAAAAAAAGGGUGGUUUCUUUGGUCUGAAUCUGGGCUUUGGAGGAUCUGAUUCUGAUGAUGACAAGAAAGAUAUCAAGCUUGGUGGUGGCAUUGGAGCAGACAUUGAUGCAAAAGGACCUGUAAUAAAAGGUGGAAGUGAUCUAAGUGGUGGAUUAGAUGGCAAGGUUAGUCUUGGUGGAGGUGGCAUUACCAUUGGUUCUGCUGAUGUAGAUGCUGGCCUUGAUGUAGUCAAGCCUGAAGCAGAUAUUAAUAUAAAAGCAUCCAAGCCAGAGGCUAACAUCGGUGCAGACAUUGGUGUUGGUGAUAUAAAAGGUGCGAAUAUUGACCUUGAAGGGCCUAAAGGAGACAUUGGAGGCGACUUUAAUAUUGGUGGCAAGAAGAAAGGUUCGGGCAAAAAGGGAAAAGGGGGAUUUCACUUUGGCAAGGUGAAAUUAGGAGGUGGAACCAAAGGACAUGUGAAUGGAGAUGCUGACCUUGAUGCCCCAGAAAUCUCGGCGGGUAUAGGGGGAGAUGCCAAUAUAAGUGGAGAUGCCAGUUCACCCGAUGUGGAUCUUAAAGGUCCAGACAUAGAUUCACCAUCAGGUGGCUUUGGCAUUGGCUUUGGAAAGAAAGACAAGAAAGGAGGCUCUGGAAAGAAGGACAAAAAGGGAAAAUUCAAGAUCGGUGGUAAAUUAGGAUUUGGAGGCUCAGGAGGUGCAGAUAUAGAUGCAGAAGCACCAAAGGGAGAUAUCAAUCUACCAUCUAGUGGCAUUGGUGAUGCAGACAUAUCUGUGAAACCUCAGGUUGACAUAGACAUCAAAUCUGCUAAACCAGAAAUCAAUGUACCAGAUGCUUCUGUUGAUGUCAAAGGUCCUGAAAUUGAUGCCCCAUCUGGUGGAUUCGGAUUUGGAUUUGGCAAGAAAGGAAAAAAAGGCUCUGGAAAGAAAGAUAAAAGUGGAAAGUUCAAGAUUGGAGGAAAACUUGGAUUUGGAGGGUCAGGAGGAGCUGAUGCAGAUAUCAAAGCACCCGAAGCUGAUGUAAAGCUUCCAUCAGGAGGGAUUGAUGCUAAUGGAGACGUGGAUAUUUCUGUUAAACCUGAAAUAGAUGCCAACAUCAAGUCCAGUAAGCCAGGUGGAGGUAUCGGAUUUGGGGGUGGAAUGAACAUCGGAGGAGGUGAUCUUGAUGUCAAUGUUGACAAGCCUAAACUUGAUAUUGGAGGUGGAAUUGGUGCUGGGACAAAUGGAGAAGUAGAUGUCAAUGUAGCUGGAGGUGGACUAGAUAUUGAUAAGCCAGAUCUGAAAAUGGGAAUUGGAAGUGGAAUCAACAUUGAUGCUGAAGCCAACGAACCAGAUAUUAGUCUCGGAGGAGGUGGAGGUGGCUUUGGCAUUGGAGGAGAUGUUGCUAUUGAUAAGCCAGAUAUUGAUAUUGGGGGAAGUGGUAAACUAGGUGGAGAUGUCAGUGCUGGAGAUGGGUUAGAUGCAAAAAUUGAUAUUGACAGGCCAGACAUUGGAGCAAAGAAAGAUAAGAAAGGAAGAUUCGGAUUUGGUUUUGGCUUUGGCAAAUCUAAGAAGGAUGGUUCCAGCAGUUCUAGCAGUUCCUCAAGCAGCAGUUCUGAUUCCAGUGACUCGGAAGAAAAAGAAUCCAAAAAGAAGAAAAAGAAGAAGGGUAAAAAAGGAUUUGGAUUUGGCUUUGGCUUUGGAGGAGGAGGAAAGGGAGAUGCUAAAGUAGACAUUCCAAAACCCAAGAUUGAUGUGGAAGGUGGAGGAGCCAAAUCAGACACUAAACUUGGAGGAGGAAUUGGAAUAGGAGGAUCCCUUGGUGGGGGAGGAGUAGACAUAGAUGCUAAUGUUGGAAAACCAGAGAUCAGCCUUGGAGGAGGACUUGGAGGUCUGGGUGGAGGAGUAGAUGCUGGUGUUGGAAAACCAGACAUCAACCUAAGAGGAGGAGGUGCACUGGGAGGAGGAAUUUCUGUUGAUAAACCAGAUGUUAGCAUUGGAGGAGGCGGUGACCUGGGUGGAGAUGCUGAUAUUAGCCUUGGAGGAGGCCUAAGUGGAGGACUAGAUAUAGAUGCUAAUGCUGAAAAACCAGAAAUUGGCUCAUCAGGAGGAGGAUUCGGCAUUGGCGGAGGAGGAAUAAAUGUUGAGGCUAAUGUUGAUAAACCAGACUUCAGCAUGGGCGGAGGAGGACUGAGUGGAAGCCUUGGAGGAGGUCUUGGUGGAUCAGGAGGAGUAGACGUAGAUGCCAAUGUUGACAAACCAGAUUUCAGUAUGGGAGGAGGAGCAGACCUAGAUGCUAGUGUUGGAAAACCAGACAUUAGCCUUGGAGGAGUCCUAAGUGGAGGACUAGAUAUAGAUGCUAAUGCUGAAAAACCAGAAAUUGGCUCAUCAGGAGGAGGAUUCGGCAUUGGCGGAGGAGGAAUAAAUGUUGAGGCUAAUGUUGAUAAACCAGACUUCAGCAUGGGCGGAGGAGGACUGAGUGGAAGCCUUGGAGGAGGUCUUGGUGGAUCAGGAGGAGUAGACGUAGAUGCUAAUGUUGGAAAACCAGACAUCAACCUUGGAGGAGGAUUUGGAGGUCUGGGUGGAGGAGUAGAUGCUGGUGUUGGAAAACCAGACAUCAACCUAAGAGGAGGAGGUGAACUGGGAGGAGGAAUUUCUGUUGAUAAACCAGAUGUUAGCAUUGGAGGAGGCGGUGACCUGGGUGGAGAUGCUGAUGCUGAUAAAAAAGGAAAAUUUGGUUUUGGAUUUGGCUUUGGCAAAUCUAAGGAUGGUUCCAGCAGUUCUAGCAGUUCAGAUUCCAGCGACUCAGAAGGAAAGAAAAAAUCUAAAAAGGAGAAGAAAAAGAAGGGUAAAGGAUUUGGUUUUGGUUUUGGCUUUGGAGGAGGAGAUGCUAAAGUAGACAUUCCAAAACCUGAUGCUGAUGUAGGAGGUAAAAUUGGAAUCGGAGGAGAUAUGGGUGGAGAUGGAAGUCUAGAUAUUAGUUCUAAUGUUGACAAACCAGAUUUCAGUAUGGGAGGAGGAGCAGACCUAGAUGCUAGUGUUGGAAAACCAGACAUUAGCCUUGGAGGAGGCCUAAGUGGAGGACUAGAUAUAGAUGCUAAUGCUGAAAAACCAGAAAUUGGCUCAUCAGGAGGAGGAUUUGGCAUUGGCGGAGGAGGAAUAAAUGUUGAGGCUAAUGUUGAUAAACCAGACUUCAGCAUGGGCGGAGGAGGACUGAGUGGAAGCCUUGGAGGAGGUCUUGGUGGAUCAGGAGGAGUAGACGUAGAUGCCAAUGUUGACAAACCAGAUUUCAGUAUGGGAGGAGGAGCAGACCUAGAUGCUAGUGUUGGAAAACCAGACCUUAGCCUUGGAGGAGGCCUAAGUGGAGGACUAGAUAUAGAUGCUAAUGCUGAAAAACCAGAAAUUGGCUCAUCAGGAGGAGGAUUCGGCAUUGGCGGAGGAGGAAUAAAUGUUGAGGCUAAUGUUGAUAAACCAGACUUCAGCAUGGGCGGAGGAGGACUGAGUGGAAGCCUUGGAGGAGGUCUUGGUGGAUCAGGAGGAGUAGACGUAGAUGCUAAUGUUGGAAAACCAGACAUCAACCUUGGAGGAGGAUUUGGAGGUCUGGGUGGAGGAGUAGAUGCUGGUGUUGGAAAACCAGACAUCAACCUAAGAGGAGGAGGUGAACUGGGAGGAGGAAUUUCUGUUAAUAAACCAGAUGUUAGCAUUGGAGGAGGCGGUGACCUGGGUGGAGAUGCUGAUGCUGAUGCUGAUAAAAAAGGAAAAUUUGGUUUUGGAUUUGGCUUUGGCAAAUCUAAGGAUGGUUCCAGCAGUUCUAGCAGUUCAGAUUCCAGCGACUCAGAAGGAAAGAAAAAAUCUAAAAAGGAGAAGAAAAAGAAGGGUAAAGGAUUUGGUUUUGGUUUUGGCUUUGGAGGAGGAGAUGCUGAAGUAGACAUUCCAAAACCUGAUGCUGAUGUAGGAGGUAAAAUUGGAAUCGGAGGAGAUAUGGGUGGAGAUGGAAGUCUAGAUAUUAGUUCUAAUGUUGACAAACCAGAUUUCAGUAUGGGAGGAGGAGCAGACCUAGAUGCUAGUGUUGGAAAACCAGACAUUAGCCUUGGAGGAGGCCUAAGUGGAGGACUAGAUAUAGAUGCUAAUGCUGAAAAACCAGAAAUUGGCUCAUCAGGAGGAGGAUUCGGCAUUGGCGGAGGAGGAAUAAAUGUUGAGGCUAAUGUUGAUAAACCAGACUUCAGCAUGGGCGGAGGAGGACUGAGUGGAAGCCUUGGAGGAGGUCUUGGUGGAUCAGGAGGAGUAGACGUAGAUGCCAAUGUUGACAAACCAGAUUUCAGUAUGGGAGGAGGAGCAGACCUAGAUGCUAGUGUUGGAAAACCAGACCUUAGCCUUGGAGGAGGCCUAAGUGGAGGACUAGAUAUAGAUGCUAAUGCUGAAAAACCAGAAAUUGGCUCAUCAGGAGGAGGAUUCGGCAUUGGCGGAGGAGGAAUAAAUGUUGAGGCUAAUGUUGAUAAACCAGACUUCAGCAUGGGCGGAGGAGGACUGAGUGGAAGCCUUGGAGGAGGUCUUGGUGGAUCAGGAGGAGUAGACGUAGAUGCUAAUGUUGGAAAACCAGACAUCAACCUUGGAGGAGAAUUUGGAGGUCUGGGUGGAGGAGUAGAUGCUGGUGUUGGAAAACCAGACAUCAACCUAAGAGGAGGAGGUGAACUGGGAGGAGGAAUUUCUGUUGAUAAACCAGAUGUUAGCAUUGGAGGAGGCGGUGACCUGGGUGGAGAUGCUGAUGCUGAUGCUGAUAAAAAAGGAAAAUUUGGUUUUGGAUUUGGCUUUGGCAAAUCUAAGGAUGGUUCCAGCAGUUCUAGCAGUUCAGAUUCCAGCGACUCAGAAGGAAAGAAAAAAUCUAAAAAGGAGAAGAAAAAGAAGGGUAAAGGAUUUGGUUUUGGUUUUGGCUUUGGAGGAGGAGAUGCUGAAGUAGAUAUUCCAAAACCUGAUGCUGAUGUAGGAGGUAAAAUUGGAAUCGGAGGAGAUAUGGGUGGAGAUGGAAGUCUAGAUAUUAGUUCUAAUGUUGACAAACCAGAUUUCAGUAUGGGAGGAGGAGCAGACCUAGAUGCUAGUGUUGGAAAACCAGACGUUAGCCUUGGAGGAGGCCUAAGUGGAGGACUAGAUAUAGAUGCUAAUGCUGAAAAACCAGAAAUUGGCUCAUCAGGAGGAGGAUUCGGCAUUGGCGGAGGAGGAAUAAAUGUUGAGGCUAAUGUUGAUAAACCAGACUUCAGCAUGGGCGGAGGAGGACUGAGUGGUAGCCUUGGAGGAGGUCUUGGUGGAUCAGGAGGAGUAGACGUAGAUGCCAAUGUUGACAAGCCAGACAUCAGUAUUGAUGGCCAAGGGGGCAUUGGGGGAGAAUCUAAUAUGCACAUGGGAGGAUUUGGAGGUGGAAUCGGAGGUAUUGGCAGUGGCAGCCUCGGCAUCGGUGGUGUUGAUGCAGAAGGAAAGGGUGAUGUGAAGUUAGGCCUAGGUGGAGACGUUAGUACUGAGGGUGAUUUAUCUUCCAACAUUCCUUCUGCAUCCAUUGGUGGUGAUGGCACUGUGGGCGCAGAUAUCUCGGCAGGUGGUGAUGCAGGUGCUGGUAUCAAUGUAGAUAUGCCUGGGGGUGGCGUUAGCAUUGGAGGUAGCCUUGGUGUAGGUGGGGGAAAGAAAGAAAAGAAAAAGAAGAAGAAAGCCAAGAAAGAGAAAAAAUCUGGAUUCAGUUUACUUGGAGCCAUUGGGAUAGGUAAUGAAUCUUCAUCAUCUUCAAGUUCUUCCUCCGAUUCAGAAGGUUUUUUCUCAAAAGUCAAGGAAGCAAUUGGACUUGAUUCAGAUUCAGAUAAAGAUGAUAAAGAAGAAAACCCAAACUCAAAUAAUAACAAUAGCAAUAUCCUAAAUGUUAACAACAACAAUUCAGAUGAUGUUGAAGUACAAGAGAAUCACAAUAAUAAUGCAAAUGAUGAUGAGGUACCAGGAGCUGCAGGAACGAGUUCGCCUCAUUGGAAGUCUGGAGGAAAACAUAAAGAUUCUAGUGACAAAGCAAAGAGAAGAGGUCUUGGCAAAUUAUUUGGAGGCAAGAGGAAGCCGCGUGAUGUCAUGCUGGAAAUUCCGGCUGAAGCUGCAGAAGGGAGACCCAGCGACGAACAGCGCAAGCCUCUAUCGGAACUUCAAAGCAGGACAGAUGCCGCACCAUCCCAACAAGUCACAGUACCCUCACAGUACUCUAGGGCAGAAUUUCUUCCAAGGUCACCAGAAGCAGCAGCAGAAACAGUAGAAGUACCAAAGAGCAGAAACAAGAAGAGGAGAGCCCCUUUACCUCCAGCAGAAAGACCAGCUUCAUUAUCUCAUGAUUCCAUCUCAGAAUGUUCUUGGCCAUCAACUACAUCACUUGAGCCUGUGCCAGUAACAGCAUCGAAAUCGACAACGUCUCCAGCCUCAGUGCCACAGGACAAGAUUCCUAGGAUAGAGAUGCCAGCAACAGAAAAAGUCACGGGCCACCCCAUGACCCAAGCUAUGCCAGGAGGAAUCCAACCUGUACCAGUCCAACCGGUCACAACUGCAUCAUCAGGGACACCCGAGCAGAGGCUAAGUGAAUGAGGAAAACCGGCAUCAACCACUCACUUGCUGGAUGUCCUAAACCAACAAGACUGUACAGCAACAUAGUCAGUUAUACCAUGUACAGCUGUUCAAUAUUUAAAAAAUAUGUAAGUUUAUUUGUCUAUAUAAUUUUGUUUACAAAUGUUGAAACAUUCAGUUGCUAUUUCAGUUGUACUAGAACAUAUUAUUUUUUAAAUGAUUAAUAACGUUAUUUUCUUGAAAAGUCUAACAAAUGGGUAAUUGAAUUUAACCUUUUCUUAUAAGUGCAUAAAGGUCUUUUGAAAAUUGGAAAACAAUGGUAGUUUGGGGCAUUAUUUUAACAAAAAAGGACCAAUAAUAAAUGUCAAAAUUGUACAAGUAACACUUAUGGAUUUUAGAUUGCGAAGCUUCAAAUUAUCAGAUACUAUUUAAAGUGAUAUUCACUCUGGUUUUUUUUUAUCAAACAAAAUUACAAUCAUCCAAUUUCUCUUAUGAUGGAUCCAUAAGGUUGGUACAAAAUUCAUUGAAUUGUGAACAAUUUGUAUGCUCCCUUUGUAAUGCCAAUAAAGUUAUGUGAGUUUUUAUUGAAAGAUGUCAUUCAUUCAAAAUAAAUCAUAUAUUGAAAGCUUAUAUUUUCAAUUACCCACUUUUAUACAAGGAAUGCUAGAUAAUGGAGUAAAUACUUGAUUUGAUGCCUUCACGCCCCUUUCCCAGUGAAAGGAUUGCUUUUCCUGUAAACGUUGGCCGAAAGCCUUGUGUAACAAUCCCUUAAAUAAAGAGAACUAUCGCUUCACCUUGGACCUCCGACACAUUUUUUAGUUAUGUGACCAGAUGUGUUGUGGUCAUCGGUGGAGGGGGAAGGGCAAAGAGAAUUCCAUCUCACAUUACAGAUUUACUUUCAUCACCUUUAUUGAAAAGUCUUUCAAAAUCCAUUCAUCCCCCUAAUUUUUCUUCUGGACAAUUUUUCUUCUUCAAUAUUUGUAAACAAUUCCACAUGAGAGUGAACACUGGGUAAGGGGUGUGGAUUUUAUCCCUUUCUAAUAAAAGCUGUUUAAGAACCUUGCUUUUGGACUGCAUUGAGUCAUCUUUUAUUACUAUCAAAUUUAUUCAUUUUUCAUUUCAUUUUCAUGUUGGAGACUUAUUUGUCUGAUUUCAUCGCAAAAUUAUUAGUUUUGAUGUAUGAUAUCACAUUUUUGUACACAUGUAAAUGUUGAACCAGUUUUCUGAUCCAAAUGAAUGUUUGAUAAAAAAGAGUGCCUUAUACAAGUUACCUGCACAUUUGUUUAUCUAUGUUUAAGACACAGGGUUAGAAUUAUUAUUUUACUUUUAUGCAGAAUUAAAGAACCUUACGGAGAAUUGAAAUUCCUAUUUCAUAAAUCAAUUCCAGAGAAAAGUUAAAUAUAAAGAUGCAUCCAUUUUUGUGAUGGUGCUCUUUAUUUUUCAUAUCCGCAUAGUUUAUAUUUAUUUAUUUUCAUUACAUAUGACAAAGAGGCAUGACAAGAAUUGAAGAAGAAAGAAAAACGGAAGUGGUGUAUUUUCACCAAAUGUGAAUUCUAAAAAAAAAUGAAUCACUACCUGAAUUAAAAUGUGUAGUUGAUCAUGACAGAUAAAAAAGUGAUAAUGCAUGAUGCUGUUUCUGUGUUGAUUAUUUUGGUAACUUUACCCGACAUAGAGUUAUCAAAAUAUCUGCACAGGUAUGCAGCCGUUAAAGCACUCUGCAUGGAUAUAGAUGAGAAAAAACAAAACAAAAAACUGUCAUGUUAGAGAUAUUAUAUUUUGAAAAAGCCUCUCAAAUGUAGAAUUUGAUUAACAAUUAGUAUUUGCAUUAUUUACAGAAUGAAAUUUAAUCUAGUAAUUGAUUCAAUUUAGCACAUUUGCAUAACUUAUAAAUAUAUAUGUAUUAUGAUGGAGUGAAGAGGAAAAAAUUGUAUAGCUGUCACUGACAUUUGUAAUGUUUUUGUUGAAAUUGUGAAGUCUGCUUCAUGAUUGUUGAUAGUGUUUAGCUUCUAGGAACGGAUCAUUGAGCUUAAUCCCGGCCUAGCAUUUUGGUCCAUUCCUAUAGCAAGAUAUUGUGAAGUACAGAAGGCAAUUAAAAAGAGUCUAUUGAAUGACCUGAACAAAAAUGAAUGUUAACAAAUGGAUUUACAAAAAUGGCUAUAUUUUUAUUGUAAAUAAUUCUUGUACUGACAUGUAUGGCUAUAAUAUAACACUCCCAGUAUAAUCUUGAAUUUGAAAAAUUUAUCCCAAUUUUGUAUCUUUCAUAAUAUGUGUAAUUUUGACUGUUCUAUGAGAAGAAAAAAAUUACCUUGAACGCAUGUUUGACUUUUAAAAACGACUUCACAAUAUUGCUUGUUUGUAUUGCAUGACAUAAAUAAUAGGCAUAACCAGUUUAGUUAUUAAGCAAUAAUAUUCAUUAAGAGCAAGUAUUCAAUGUAAAGAGACUCUUAAUUACACUGGGUAUGAUCUAAUUGUGCCUUACACAUGCGCCCUUUUCUCCAUUAUUCAAUUCACUUUCUUUGUCUUUGAGGAGACAUUUUGCAGUUUAGUUUGAAACAAAAAAAAAAGGGAGAAAAUGUCAUUGUGGUUAAAUUAAUUUUGUAUGUUGAAACCCGAUUAUGUUUACUUGUGAAUAUUGUUUAGAUGAAUUGGAAGAUGCUAUGCUCGUAUGUUAUCUUGGUUUUUUUUCCAUCAAUAAAACUGAGUUACCUGAAGAAGUCAAAUAAAAA